AGCCAGUUUGUAACGGUACUUUGGACGAAGUGGUUAUUAUACAGUUGUUAUUUGUUAUCAAUAACAUAAACACGAACACUAUAAAAUUUAUCCGAAUAUUGCAAGGUCUUUAUUAUCUUAUCGUUGCUAUAAAUCGAUUGUGAUUAAUCGAAGAUUGUUUCAAAAAGCCGCGAGAUGUGUUAUUCGGUCAACAUUUAAGUUCUGAAUUUUUGAUAGUUUGUACAGUUCUGUAUAGUUUUUAAUGAAAAUGACUUCGCAACAGAGAGAAACUACUGUCUCCAUGCCCCUUACUCCGACCAGAUCCGAUUUAUAUUGGCAAAGAAUAUUUAACAAGUACGACAGAGACAACGAUGGGAAGAUAUCAUACGGAGAGUUAAAAAAUAUAAUAGAAUCCCGAGAAUAUGAUCAUGAUCUACCAGAUAAUGUUGUGGAGAAGAUAAUGGCGUUGGCAGACAGUGAUAACUCCGGAUACCUCGAGUUUGCAGAGUUUGUGGAAAUGAUGCACAAUCCCGACCUUAAAGCGGUAUUUGGACACUUCGUUGCCAGAUAUGUGCAUUCAAUAAUACCGCAUAGAGAUCCUGUUGAUACCACAGGAACGUGGCCAGGAUUCAGAGCGGUGUCGACGUCGGAUAGCGUCCCAACCCGUAGCAAAGCCUACUUCACUUACACAGACGGUACAUACGAGGAGGAGUAUAGCUGCUGGCCGCCCGCCGUCUGCAUGAUUAUCAUCUCCUUGGUGGAGAUUGUAUUGUUCUGCUAUGACGCUGCUCAAGGAAAGACUGACGCUACCGGACCUAUCGCCCAGAUGUUCAUCUACAAUCCACAUAAAAGACAAGAGGCUUGGCGAUUCUUGACCUAUAUGUUGGUGCAUGUUGGUGUGGUGCAUCUUCUAGUCAAUCUACUAGUGCAGUUGUUCUUGGGUGUGCCGCUGGAGAUGGUGCACCGCUGGUGGCGAGUGGUGCUGGUCUACCUGGCCGGGGUGGCGGCAGGCAGCCUCGCUACCAGCCUCACUGACCCCAAGGUUUACCUGGCAGGAGCCUCGGGUGGAGUCUACGCGUUGAUUGCUGCACAUGUCGCUACUAUUAUUAUGAACUGGUCAGAAAUGGAGUUUGCGAUAGUGCAGUUGUUAGUGUUUGUGUUGCUGGCCAGUGUGGACGUUGGCACGGCGGUGUAUGACCGCUACUGGCGUCAUAUGCAGCAGAACAUUGGCUACGUGGCGCAUCUUGCGGGCGCAGUCGCUGGUCUAUUAGUAGGUAUAGGAGUUUUACGUAAUCUAGAAAAGCGAAAAUGGGAGAAGAGACUAUGGUGGGCGGCGGUCGUUCUCUACUUCUCUCUUAUGAUAGCAGGAGUUUUAGCCAACAUCUUCUGGUAUUCGCAUUUCCAGUGAAAAAAAAACGCAAUUAAAAAAAUUAUGUACAAUUACUCAACCAAAAACUAUCAAUAGACCAAAAAUACUGUUGUUUUUACAUAUAAAAUGCUUCAUGUUCCCAAAUAUUACCAUGUAACUGAGAUUAUUUUUAUAUGGCAACAUUUAAAACUAACCUUAAAUAAUUUGGUAGGAUUUACAACAAAAUGUUUGCCUAACUAUGAAAUGGAUAGAAAAAUCUUAAACCGAUAUUCCAAAAUAAUUAUCAAAUUGUUUAUAUUUUUCUUUUAUUUUAAAAUGUAAUUUUAAUUGACAUAAAACAAAGUGAAGUGUUCAAAGUAAGGUUGAAGUCUAUGCCUUGACAUGCAUAAUCGAAGUGCCUUUGUAUUCUAUAUUUAUGUGUUUGUUUUGAAAUGUGCGUGUGUUUGUAUUGCGUUAUUUAAUGAAUAAUUCGUUUUUAAGUAAUUUAUAAAAAUAUACAUGUAAUUAAAUAGGUAUCUAAAAAAUAACA